AAAGAAAAGAGAGGAGAGGGAGAGAAUGGGAGAACUGAAGAAAAGACUAAUUCGUGAAAGAGAUGCGUCCCGAAAGAGGGAAAAAAGAAACCAGACAAAAAGGCAAACUGAGACUCCACAAACAAAUGUUGUCCCUCCAAGUAGUACAGCUAGAUCUACAGGCUUUAGAACUAAAUUGGCGAAACAAAUGCCAGAGUCACAGAUGUGCAAAAAAAUUCCGACUGAUGCAGAAAAAUUUGCGGACAUUGUAAUGGACUUCAUCCAUUGCUGUACUCCUCGUAAACAAGCAGCUUUAAAAGCCAGAGGUCUGAAAACAGCUUGUCGACGAAUAGAUUUUGAUGAGCCAUCUCAAGAAAAACUUCGAUCCACGAUUGAAGCUCUAAAGAAGAAGCAGGAUGCUGCAUCCUUGGAGAAGAGGCGCCUGAUGGUCACUAGUUUGAUGGUUGCCAAAAAGUACAGAAUGCAACAUAUUGUAGCAAGGCGCUUUAACCUCCGUCCAGCAUAUUCCUCAUCCAACGAAGGUUUACAUAAAAAACGCACGUCUGAUGCCACUUGCAUGGAUGUUGUGAACAAUAUAACUGCUUUCUAUCGUAAUCCUAAGGUAGCACGAGAACUUCCUUACAUGAGGACUGUAAAGAAACAAGAACAAAGAUUCCUCAUGGAGAUCUCUCUACAGGAAGCCUAUGAACUUUGGAAGCUGGAAAAUCCAGAAAAGAAUGUUGUGUCCUUUCCAGUUUUCUCAUGCCUUCGACCUUCAUGUGUUCUUCAGCGUCGGACUGACAGAAGCCAGUCUCUCUGUGAAUAUUGUACUGGAGUUUUACUGAAGCUUCAGAGCCUGAACAGAAUUCUCACUGCUACUAACAAUGCCGAGUGUAUAAAACUCAAGCUCAAAAACAAAUAUGAACUUAUCAGUUUUUCUCUGUGUCCCAAAAGUGGCAACAGCAAGUACCAUAAUCUAAAGUGCAUUAACAGAACCUGCUCCGACUGUGGUGUAUCACUACUCAAGGAAAAGUUUAAAAUGGUUGUAGAUUUGUAUGGCAAACAAGAAGUGUCCUGGCAAAAUUGGGAGAGUAAGACUUUCAACCAGGAUGGUAAACAAAAGACCAAGAAGUUUCAAUCGACUAAGUGUGGCACAUUCAAGACAAUGUUUGAUGAGUUAUUGCGCGAAACAGACUUUUUGGCUAAACAUCUGUUUACAGUCAACUGGCAGCAUGAACAGUUUUCUCUUAUCCGGGAAAAGUUGCCCAACACUUGGUCGCUGUUCAUCAUGGAUUUUGCCGAAAAUUACUCGUGCAUAUCCCAAGACGAAAUACAGCCGGCACAUUGGUCCACACAGCAGAUAACCAUUCACCCGAUGAUUUGUUACUACAAGUGUCCCACAGAGGGUCAUGAAUACACCAUCCAGGAAACCUUGGUUUUUGUCUCUGAUGACCUCAACUACGAUACCAAUGCCGUUCACCACUUCGAAACUCUGGCUAUAAAGCACCUAAAAGAAAAGCGAGGACUGAAGUUAGAGCAUGUAGUUGAAUUCACAAAUGGUUGUGCCGCACAAUACAAGUCAAUGGUGGCAUUUGCUGACAUUAGCAACUCCAAGGCUUCACAUGGUUUGUCUGUUGAAAGAUGUUACUUUGGAUCCCACCACAGCAACUGGCCCAGUGAUGGUGUCUCUGGGUUUGUAAAAUCAUCUGUUCAACGUGCUGUCCAGUCACAUAGGAUCACUAUCAAAAAUGCAGAGGAGAUGUUUAAUUUCUGCAAUCUAAAUUUGACAAAAGAUGGCUGCGAUAGGCAACUCCGUACAUUUUACCUGGUUAAACGAGAUGAAAUUCAGCGUGACCGUCCUAUAACACAAGUAAAGUCUGCCCUUGCUGGGACUCGUCUUCUCCAUUCUGUGCGUUGUGUUUCUACUGGGGUCCUGGAUACUCGUGUGUAUUCAUGCUUCUGUGAUGGCUGUAUGAAUGUUGAUGAUGGAAGCCAGUGUUCCAACUCAAAUUAUGUCUUUCCCUGGCAACGACGUACCUUGAACAUAAAUGCUGAAAUAGUUGAUUUAUACCAGCCUGUGACUGAAGAUGAGAACACUGUGCCUGAUAAUUCUGCUACAAGUACAAGUGAAUAUGACCAACAUCCUGGUGAACAAAUAGAAGAUCAUCUCGAUGAAACUUACUAACCCAGGAUUUGCAGAUGGAAUUUCUUAGGGAAUGUCCACCUGUCCACCCAAGGAGUUCUUGAAUCUUACUGACAGAGGAGUAUGGAUGAAGAUGGAGCAGCGUGGAGUCAGCCAUUUGUUUUCCUGGCCAAUCACUCCUGAUGUUGACUUAGGGGAUACAGUCCACAUAUUUCAUGGACCUGUAAACUUGAUUGGACACCAUCCAUUCUCUGUUGAUGAAGAGGAUUUUUUUUAUGGAGUGUAUACUGACUGCCUCUCAAUAGUUAUUUGUGUUGAGUUUAAUGUUACAUUUAAUUACCUUUUGUCUGAUUUUUAGAGAGAGGUACUUACUUGAAUUAAUUCUUUAGUGUUUUAUCCAUGCUGAUUUGAUUUGACUUAUUCUAGUUAAAUGAAGUGUGCAAAAAUCCUUUGUCAUCAUAGCCUACAUGUAAAUAUGCUAUAAUAAUGCUCAAAUGUGACACUCCCUUGUCAGCUCUAAACAAAGUUUGUAUGUAAAUACAAACAAAUCAAAUAUGACUUUCUUUUUUAGUCUACAGUCAGUGUUAUACUAAAAAAAAAUGUCUCCAAAAAAUGAAAUAUUUUAUUUUCAAAUAAAACUUAAGUGGCUGGUG